CGUCGAUCGAACAACCGUGCGGAAAACAGAUGAGAAAAGUUCACGAGUGCUGCUGUUUGCAAACAGCCAGGGGCUUUCGACACAGUGCACGGCUUGACGGGGGUUUGCCCCACUUUUACACCGCAACAUGGACGCUUUGAAAUCCGCCGGAAGGGCGAUAAUACGAAGCCCCAGCAUCGCCAAACAGUCAUGGGGAGGCGGCGGCCGGCAUAAAAGCUUGCAAUGUUGAGUCGAUGUUCUCAAUAGCGUCACGUGGGAUGGCUUACCUGCUGAGCAAUUGGCUCGCCAGUUUGGCUGCGACCCGUUGCUGCCAGCUUCCGGAGAACUGGACCGACACGAGGGAGACCCUUUUGGAGGGCAUGGUGUUCCAGCUCAAGUACCUGGGAGUCACGAUGGUUGAGCAGCCCAAAGGAGAAGAGCUGUCUGCGGCUGCUGUCAAGAGGAUAGUGGCCACGGCCAAAGCCAGCGGAAAGAAGCUCCAGAAAGUCACACUAAAAGUCUCCCCUCGCGGGAUCAUCCUUUACGACAGUGCCUCCAACCAGCUCAUAGAAAACAUUUCCAUUUACAGAAUAUCCUAUUGUACGGCGGAUAAGAUGCACGACAAAGUGUUUGCCUACAUCGUCCAGAGCCAACACAACGAGGCGCUCGAGUGUCACGCCUUCCUUUGCACCAAAAGAAAAGUGGCGCAAGCAGUAACCCUAACCGUGGCACAGGCUUUCCGAGUGGCAUUUGAAUUCUGGCAGGCUGCCAGAGAAGAAAAGGAGAAGCAAGUGAAGUCGGGUUCAGACGGCCAAGGAGUCAACGGCGCCCAGUCCGACAGCUCAACCAGCCUGAAAGGAGGAGGAGGAGGAGAGGUAGCCACAACCAAACUCCUAGAUUUGGCAGAAGGUGCCAAUGUAACCUUGGUCCACUCAGGAACAAUGCAAAUGGAUUUGGAUUCCUUUACAGUGCAUAAUCAUGCCACUGAGAACAACAACACAGUCUGGGAGCUUGAGGAUGGUCUGGAUGAGGCCUUUUCAAGACUCGCUGAGUCUCGCACUAACCCCCAGGUCCUGGACAUUGGGGUAAACCCUCAGGAUUUUACCGCUGAUGAGUGCCUGUCCCCGGGCAAAUGGGACCAGGAAGACGCAGACUUCCCAGCACAAAUAGACUCGCCGGGGUUCUAAUGGAAAAAGCCUCCGCCCAGAUGGAUUGGCAGGGGGGGAAAAGACGAGCAGCCCGUCCGUCGGCUCCCCCUGAUGUUCAGACUGGCAGCUCUCAGGUGCUUCUGCAUCUACUCAAGCAGAAGUUGACACGAGCAGGCUUUGCACUCAACAGGCCAAAGCAAUAUACAAUUCUGAACAACCUGCAGUCUUUUGAUGUAACACUCUUGCAUCUCCAUUCAUGGUAUGUAUUGUGCUUGUAUGUUUUUAUUAAGAAAGGAGUUUGCGACAGCAGGUCAAUGUCUAAGCGUGCUGCCAUUGUUACUUUUACGGAUGGAGAUGUUUCAGUUUCAUUCAAAGUCACCAAAAGACCAAUACACACUCAUUUUUGGGCAAAACUCAAUUUACUACCUGUGUACAUCAAGGGCAAUGUGAGCUUUAAGGAAAAGUAUGAAUGUGUGUGUGUGUGAUGAGAAAAACAAAUGACAAUCCUAUUUUUUUUUUUCCUCCAAAUGCAAAAUCUAUUUUUGCACUGUGCACGUUUCCAUGUUUAAAAGCACAUCAUUUAUGUCAGGAAAUUCAAAGUCUAAAUUAUUUAUGCUCACAGUACUUUUCUUCUCCACAUUAUAAACACUUGUAGCGUUUAGAAAGCUGCUUAAAUUGACCCUAAGAAUCAACCACACAAACAUGUUGGUGGAAAACUGAAGUCUUCAUAUUUACAAUGAUUUAUGAUAAAAACAUAUAUUUAUCGGAUUAUAAUUCUUGUUGGGUUUAUUAUUUUGUCCUUCAGUUUGCAAACCCCAGAAGCCACGUUACGUUUAAACAGCACCAUUAAAAAAAAAAAAAAAAAAAGGAUUAGAGGGAACGUAUUCAAUUGGUGCAUUGGUUUAUCUUUGGGGUUCACGCUUCAGUGUUAUUUUUGUACCUUUUUGUUUUCAUGUACGACUUUAACUUAACAGAUUUACAUUAAGUCUCAAUAAAGUAUGUUUGCUUAUGUA